GGGCUUCCAGAGAGUUCGGAGACGGGCGGCGGAGCAGUGCGGUGAGGACGAUGGUGAAGGAGACGGGCUACUACGACCUGCUGGGCGUGCGGCCGGGCGCCAGCCUGGAUGAGAUCAAGCGGGCAUACCGACGCCUGGCACUGCGCUACCACCCCGACAAGAACCCCAACGAGGGCGAGCGGUUCAAGCAGAUCUCGCAGGCCUACGAGGUGCUGUCGGAUGCCCACAAACGGGCACUGUACGACCGCGGAGGGGAGAGGGCCAUGAAGGAGGGCGGGCUGGGCAACAGGGGCAGCCCCGGCUUCGGUUCCCCCAUGGACAUCUUUGAUCUGUUCUUUGGAGGAGGUGUGAGGAUGCGUGGCCGGGCGGACCGGAGAGGCAAGACAGUGGUGCAUCAGCUCUCCGUGUCGCUGGAGGACCUCUACAACGGCACCACGCGCAAGCUGUCCCUGCAGAAGAACAUCAUCUGCAGGAAAUGUGGAGGCUGUGGGGUGCGGGAGGGCGCGCAGCGGCGGUGCCCCAAGUGCCACGGCUCGGGCAUGGAGGUGCGCAUCCACCAGCUGGGGCCCGGCGUGAUCCAGCAGAUCCAGACAGUGUGCUCCCAGUGCCAAGGCCAGGGCGAGUGGAUCCGGCCCCGCGACUGCUGCCUCACCUGCAACGGCCGCAAGGUUGUGCGGGAGAAAAAAAUCCUCAGCGUCCACCUGGAUAAAGGUAUGAAGGAUGGGCAGAAGAUCACCUUCCACGAGGAGGGUGACCAAGUGCCUGGCCUGGAGCCUGGGGACAUCAUCAUCGUCCUGGACCAGAAGGAGCACCCGGUGUUCAGGCGGAGUGGUGAUGAUCUGAUUGUCAAGAGGGAGAUCAGCCUGGCAGAUGCGCUGUGUGGCUGCAGGCAGGUCAUCCGCACGCUGGACAACAGGACCCUGCUCGUCGCCUCGCAGCCAGGUGAUGUCAUCCGACCUGGGGACCUGAAGUGCAUCCCCAAUGAAGGGAUGCCUGUCUACAGGAGCCCCUUCCAGAAAGGAAAACUCAUCCUCAAGUUCGAGGUGAAGUUCCCCGAGCCUGGCUGGCUGCCCACUGAACGCCUGCGCCAGCUCCAAGCCUUCUUCCCACCCCAGGAGGAGGUGAUGGCCACUGAGGACACGGAGGAGGUGGAACUCAGUGACUACACAUCCCAUGGCAGUACGGGCCGGCGGCCGCAUGGCGAAGCAUACCACGAGGACGACUUUGAGGAUGGCACCCGUCAGCACGUGCAGUGCCAGACCUCGUAGCCGAGGCUGUUGGGGGCUCGUCCCACGCAGGGGCAGGGGGCAGCGCGUUGGGGAAGGGGCUCGGAGAGCCGUUGACCUUCAGGGAUGUACAUAGGUCACCUUUCCCACAGCACUCGUCCUUCCUUUGGAGCCAUCCCCUCUCCCUGCGCCAGGACAGCGCAGCCCUGGACUGAUGCUGAGCGGGGGGGCCAUGCUGCCUUGCCUCAGUUUCCCCAUCUAUGGUGUGGGGCCAGGAGUAUUGUGUCCAGCACUGGGCGGCUCCAAGCGUUCCACACCGAGGAGCUGGGUGGGGAAGGCUCCGGCUCUGCUGCCCUCCACCUGCUCUGCCCUGCGCAGGGCUGAGGACCCCUGCCCUGCAGCCCCCACCCCAUGGGGUGAUGCUGCCGCCGGUUCACUUGCUUUGCCCAUUUCUUUCCUGCUGGAGCCUGGGUCUGGCCUGGGGAGUGGAGGGGGUUUCUCUUUUCUCUUUGCACAGAAGGGGGUAGGGGGGGACCUGGCCCUUUUAAUUUAUUUUUGGAAUAAUUUUAAGCCUCUUUUUUGGGGGGAGGGGGGUGGGAGAGGACGGGGAGGGAGGGUUGAGAGGACUUUGUAUGUGGCAUUAAAAGCAAUCCCGACUCCUCCUCGUUGCCGGCCCAUAGCCGCACCCCCUUGGGGCAGCCUCGCGCACCGCCCGCUUUGAUCUGUGGGCGUGCCUCAGUUUCCCCAGCCUUGCUCAGCAGGGAGGGGAGCCGCGGUCCUGGCCCUGACCCCCGGCAGCUGCUGCUGCCCUCACAACCCGGCCUGUGCCCCCGCCGCAGGGAAAGGGCCCUUUGAAGCCGCCCAGUGCCGGGAGGGGGGGAGCCGGGCAGGGCCUCCCGCUGCCCUGUCAUUACCGGGGCAGCAGAUGGGGAAACUGAGGCACGCCUCCGCCGUCCCGUCCCGUCUCCCCCCUGCAGGCAGCCGCCAGGGGUCAGCACCUCUUGGGCUGCGCCGUCCCGGAGCUCCAUUGCAUCCUUGGGGCUGGGGGUGACAGAGACCCCGCAAACGGCUCCGUGCCUCAUUCCCACCCUGCGGGGGUUAAGCAGGUGAGUGGGGGUCUCCAGGGCACGCUAUGGGGCAGAGCCCUCCCUAUGAGGAGACCCCUCCCCCCCCCCUCCGCAGACUAUGAGCUCAAAUGCUGGGGAACAAAAGCACCGGGGUCAAACCGGCUCCCGUAACACCCCCCACAAAACGGGGUCAGCCCAUGGGACCCCCAAUAUAAAAACUGGAAAAGAGAGCGAGGGGAGGGAGGGUCCUGUGGGGGCUGGGAUGAGGGGGGGGGGGGGGGUGUUCUGUUUUGGGGGUGGCAUCGCUUGGGGAGGUGACAGCAUCCCGCAUCUGUCAUCUCCUGGAGCCGGCGGCAUUGGGGUACCGCCCUGCUCGCCCAGUUGUGGGUACCGCAGUCCCCGGCUGCCCCAGGGAGCGCCGUGUGGACGGCUGUGUCACCGCGUCCCAAGCGGGGAUACGGGGAUGAGGGAGCCUGGGGACCGCGUGCUGCCCCUCGGGAAGGGAAAGGGACGGCGGUGCUGAGCUCUGUGCUGGAACCCGCCGUGCCACGCUGUGCUCCCUGCGCAACGCCAGCGCCGUGCCCUCCCCGAGCCCUUCGGAACGGCUGCAGUGCGCCCGAAAACCCCUUCGUGGGGAGCAAGGAGCGGCGUGCAUUCCUGCUCGAGCCCCAUCGUGAGGUUAGGGGUGAAAUCCUUGCUGUGGGGCUGCAGACAGCCCAGCCCGCAGCUUGGCCACCGGCCCCAUAGCAAGGACAGGAGCCAAGGCAUCCCAAGGACAAAGCCCCACUGCCCCCCGACAGCAUGAGAGGAGCCACCUGGAGAGCCCCUGGGGACCCCAAAUGCAUGACAAAGGCAGAGGGAGAAGGGCCGCAGCCCCCCGUGGGUCGCACAUUCAUCACCCGCAGCACAAAGCGGCUCAGAAGCCCCCAGCCCCUCGUAGGGCUUUGUCUGCGGCAGAUGAAAGGCACGGGGCUGAGCCGGGCCCCCUCCCCAGCCGGGGGCAGCCCGGGGGUCAGCGGACAGCGGAUUAGUGCCGGCUCGGGGGCACUCGCAGCCACCCACGGUGAGGUGUGUGUGUGGAGGGGGGGGGUCCCUGCAGCCCCCUUUUGGGGGAGCCCAUCACCACCCGUGCACUUUCCAAUUGCGCACCGCUCUGCAUCCUGGGACCCACUCCAGCAGCUCCCCCCCCCCCCCCCUCCAUCCACCUCCCUCCCGAGCCCUGCAGAGCCCCGCUCCCCUCCGGUCUUCGCACAAUAAACAGAGGCUGAGAGGAGGAA